AUGGAAGAGGAUUUAAAGGAAUACGAAGAGUUGAAACAGACAUUGAAAGCUGCUCUCAAGGAGAGGAAACAGUACCAAGAUGAUAUCACAUCGUUAGAACAACAAAUAUACGAUAAAGAGACAGAAUACUUCAGUAAUGUGUCGCCAGAGACAGGCCAUCUGAUAAGUAACUCAGCACACACCAUACAGGGGAACAUCAUCAAGGGAUUUGACGGAUUUUCAAAGACCUCGCAUCAUCAAAGUUCCCAUGGUGGUAGUAGCAACACUAACAACGGUCACAGUAGCAGUGGCAAUGGUGCCACGGUGGUGAUCGAUCCAUUGAACACAGGUCUGCCAAAUAAGGACAGGAUCUUCUCACUGAGUGACUCCGACUUUGUAAACCAGUUGAAGCAGGAUGGACUACUCCCGGGUCUGGAUGACGACAAUGUCAUUGAGUCAAGCAAGUAA